AUGUAUUUUUAUAAUUUACACGGAAAACGUAUUAGUUAUGAAGAAGCUGUUAAACUGAGAAAGUUGAAAAACCUUGAACACUAUAACCAAUCCUUGUCGAGAGCAUCCUCAUCUAAGUCAAGUGCAGAUCAAUCUUGUAAAUCAAUGAAUACACGCUUGAAUUCACCAUGGGAAUUAGAAUUACAACGAUUUUUAAUUCAAGGUGGACGUAGAACAACUACACCCUUCCUUUGGCGCAAACCAAAACGCGUUGUACAAAGCGCUGGUUCACGUCUAUUACAAGAGUAUACGGCGAAAGAAAGACAGGCCGAUGAAGACACUGAAGCCAGAUAUGAUCUUGUAGCAGGUAAACGUUUUAUUAUUAACCGAGAAGGAGAUCAAGAAGAUUAUGGUGAUGGUGAUGAUGACGAUGAAUCCUUGAACAUUGAAUUCCACGCAGAUCAUUCUCACCCAUCUCGACGACGUGUAAUUAGUACCGAUGGGGGUACACUUCGAAGAAGAUCCCAGAGAAAGAAAGAAAGUUAUUAUGAAAUUAAUAACGAUCCAAUACAGUACACACUCAGCAGUCGUAUGAAUGACAUUCAAAUAAGCAAGAAAGAUGUGAUAGGACAAAGUGAUCAAGCAAGGCAGGAUGACACUUCUGUACGUUCUGCGCCAACUGUUUCAUCACCAACUUCAUCUCUAUCAAGGCUUUCAUCUUGUGAUAACCUCAGCCAUACUGAUGAAUAUUUAGAUGAAACAGAUUCAUUGGAUAAAUUGAAACGACAUCUAGGGAAGAAAAUUCCUGUAAGUUUAAAAAAAAAUAUGCAUCAUAUUUUAUGCGUUGACUUUAUGUAA